GGCACGUCCACGUCGGAGAAAGGCGCUAGCCGCAACUGGAACCCACCCGAUAUUGCGGCUGCAGCUGCAGACGGACAAGCAGCCAUGGAGGCCGAGCAGACGCUUUGCGGUUGGCCCACCUGCGGGCAGCCCCUGCAGGCAAGGCCCGGCGCCAGAUUCGCCAAGUGCUACGCCUGCUGCCACAUAAACUGCCUGAAAUGCGGUGCGGCGCACGAGGGCAUGAACUGCGCGGAAUUCCAGGCGCGGCGUGGGCCCGCAGUUAAGAGUCCCGUUCUCUCGCCCACCUCGGCAGACGCUCGCAGCAAGAACUUCGACACCUGGUCACCAUCAGCGGAUGGCCGGUGGAGUAAAGGCUACCCGGCGUCGCCGAAGAACUCGGCGCCAUCAGCUGCCGCAGCCUCCGCCUCCCCCACGACACUGCAAAGGUCCCUUUGGGUUAACGCCUCUGCGAGCUCCAGCUCGACAUACGGGCCCCGCUCCGCAGCCGUCACACGUCAGUCAACGUCGCCGAGAAAGAAGCCUGUAGAGGUUGACAUGGAGACCAAGCCAGGAGACCAGGGUGCAACGCACCAGCGGCGGACGGCCAUUUGUCGCACCGAGGACUGCGGUUUCGAGGAUUACGUGGACGCGGGUGACACGGAGUUGUUCUGCUACAAGUGCAGGAAGACCACGUGCCUGCAAUGUAAUGCCGUACAUGGAUACCUCACCUGCAAAGAGUAUAGGCAGCAGCUCGAUGACGAAGAGGACGAGAUUCAAGUGCGGUGCGCCGGCACGGGUUGCGAAUUUACAGCCUUCGUUGGCGUCAGCGCGCAGCAACUGAAAUGUCAACUCUGCGAGAGCAUCACAUGCCUCAAAUGCUGUGCCGUGCACGAAUUCCGGACCUGCGAGGCAUACGAGCGGGACCGCCGCCGGUCGCAGCGGGAAACGGCGGCCGCGACGGCUGGCGAGCCCAGCGAGACUUGUCCAGAGAAACCAAACACGCGAGCCAGUCGGGGUGACGACAGCUCGUCGCGCGACGAGCCACCGGCUUGCGUCGAGGCCGCGAAAGCAGCCGUAAACCGAGAAGCACCGAUGCAGAAGGAACUCCUUGCUCAGAAGGCAGCGAACAGUAUGAGCAAUGGACGGACGGAGACCGAGUCUCGUCGGGGAGAAACUGUGCCGAAGGAGCCUCAACCCGGCCGCGGCACAUGGCCCGAGACGGCUCGGGCGGCGGCGGCGCAAGUCGAAGUCUUGAUGCUCGAGUGCAGCGCGUGCUUAGCUGAAUCGCCUUACGAGGACCUUGUCGAAGUCGCUCCAUGCGGCCAUUUCCUCUGCAGGGAGUGCAUUCACACGACCGGAGUUGGCUCGCUCACAUAUGUUGUGCGUUGCCCCGUCGUCACAGAGGGAGGCGUUUCCUGCGACUCUUACAUCCAAGAGUCAGCGUUGAGAUCUGGGAUGACUGAAAGGGAGUACGCGCUCCACAAAGAGCUGCUGCCCUUGGCCAUUCUACGGUGCCCGGUCGAGGGCUGCCCAGGAAAGUUCUCGGUCAGGCCGGGUACGCAAAGGCUCAGCUGCCCAUCGUGCCGGAACGAGUACUGUGUGGGCUGCAGCGCGAUCCACCCGGGUCGGACUUGUGAGCAGUUCAUUCGCUCCGUGGUCAACGAUGGUGCUGCACUGGAUGAAGAGGCGAGUGAGACAUCAGCCAGCGGCAGUACAUCAGUGUACGAACUCCAAGUCGUGUCGAGCGGGGCUGUUGAGGGUGCCGGCUUGAAGACGCCACCAACGUCCUUCACGGUGGAGUGCGGCCAGUGUCUAGCCGAGACUCCGUUCGGCGAAAUCGUCGAUCUCCUGUGGUGCGGACACCUGCUGUGCAGAGACUGCGUGCACAGGACUGCUGUCAACUCGACAACCUACCUUGUUCGAUGCCCUGCCGCACAAGGAGGUGGCGCGCAAUGCCAAUCUUACAUCCAAGAAUCUGCACUGAAAUCUGUGCUUUCCGUUCAGGAGUUGGCCCACCGCAAGGAAGUGGCUCAAAGGCAGUCCAGCCAGUCCAGUGGUGUCUUUCCCAACGCCCAGAAGCAAAGAUCAAUGUAUGACAGUGACGAGUUUGACAGCUACUAGAUGCUCCCUCACGCAGGGUGGAUUCCUUGGGCCGGCGGAAUGCCUGCGCGCCCAGUGCUGCUAACCACCGUGAAGGCGAACAUUUUGGGGUGGCCCAGCGACAGAGUUGUCUUCGUCACUCGUGCUGCGUGACAACCCUUGUAGAUAAUUUAUUUUUCUGACCAAGAUGGGCAGGCCUCGCUGCAGGAUUGUUUGUGCAAACCAAGAGGCAAGUCGUAAUAACUGAUGCGAAGAUGAAGUUCAGCAGAGUGUUUGCUAAUAUAUGUAUAAUGACACGGAGAUGAAAUACUGAUAAAGGGUACGAGCUCAAAUUGGUAUUUUUUUUCGUGACAUUCGUUCUGGUAAUAAAGGCCAUUUACCAAUCGUU